CCAUAUCAUAGCCACAUUAUUCUCAUAUACCCCGUAACGACUAAAUAUAUAAUCGACAUUGUUCAUAUUAGUAUACAUAUAUAUAUUUUCCCAGCAUUCACAAUGGACAACGAAUCGAUUGAAAUGAAACCAAUUGCCCCAGUUUCAAUCAAUGAAAACUCUUCCAUUGAUGCGGAUAAACCAAAAGCACAUCGUUGUACUCUACGCAAUUUGGUAAAUCUUAUUUUGAUACUUCAAAAGAGUCUGAAGCGAGCCUCGGCGAAGAUCGAGAAAGACGCCACCUACUGGCAAAAUCUGGCCGUGGCCCGUGGUGAGGAGAACGAGCGUUAUAUAAGAAUCAUGUUUCUACAGCGGCAACGUAUUGAGACACUUGAAAGCGAUUUGAGAACUUUGGUUAAUCUGGCAAAGGAGACCCAACAAAUGUUGGCCGGAAUUGCCGCCGAGAAGCGAGAAUCAGAUGAGCUUCCCAUUUUGUCUGUAAAUGAAGAAGAUGAAUAAGCAAUUCUUAAUACUUGAGAUAAUAAUAUAUACUUAUAAGCAGA